GUCUGAUAGCCACAACCAGUGAACAGCGUGCCAGCAUCAAUCGGCUGGCGGCCGAAGCCUAUGAAAUCUCCUACGGCUACCAUGUGGAGGAGGUUUGGAAGAAGAUCAACGAGACCAUCGCAGGUUUCCACAUCACGCAUCUAGAACUCAUGCUCGGAGCUGCAGCCACGCAGACUCACCCGGAGUUGCGCAGAGUAUCAAAUAUCUGUGUGAUCUACGCGAUGCGGGAGGUCGAGGAUGCGUAUGCGCGGCUCGAGGCAGCGGCUUUGGCAGUGGCAAGCGGUGAUUUGAGUGAGCUUGAUAGCAUGGGACAGCUCACAAAGGAAGCGGACUCCAUCAUGGCGACAGGAAUCCAAAGCCUUCUUCAGUAUUAUGAAGGUGACAACAUGACCUGCCCGAAAGCAAAUUUGACAUCAGAGGAGUUUCAGAGCUUAAUGUUGGAAGCAUCCGAGGCCUGCGUUUUGACAAGCCAGGCAUUUGGCCUGUUUGUCCGAGAGGCCGGUGGAGACCUUCCCAUCGGUUCCACAGACACAGUGGAGACUGGGCUGGCUGCUCUGACAAUAUCGCUUCAGAAGCUCAUGCUUGGUUACUUCGACCCACACCUUCCUGCACCACCCAGCCAGACAUGUUACAACUAUGUGCUGCAGCUGGAGGCGGCCGUGAAAGGAUUCGAGUCUGUUCUGACUGACCCCGAUGGAACUGUGGUUGCUGGCUCAGCAGGAGUAGCUUCGGUGUGUGACGCUGCAAAGGAAUUGUCGCAAAGAUAUGCGGACGAGGGUGCUGCAGCUCAUGCAGAGUGGGCGAGGCCAAGGGCAGAGCUCGCAAACGGGCAGCGUGUGCUGGCCGCCGGGAUUUUCGCUGCUGCUGCUGCUGGUGCAACAGGAUCGCUCCGCGCUGGCACGGAUGGGUUCGAGCGCGUGCACAAGGUACUCCUUGAAGGAGACGGAGUCAUCUCCAAGGUCAUCCCAGAACGUCAAGAUCUUUCCACACAGUGGAAGCAGGUGGACACUGCUUGGCAGAGCUUCAAGGCAGCGUCCCUGGGCUCGAGCAUUGCAGCUAUGGCUGAGGCCCUAAGCGACUUGAACAAAGAAUUAGACCUGGCCGUUGUCGUGUAUGGCAUCCCGGAUGUCCCAUUACCACCAACAUCCCCGGUGAUUUUCGUGGUGACAUACUGCAGCUUGGGCGCGCUGCUGGCCGGCUGUGGGUGUGCGGGUUGCCUGAUGUUCUAUCGAAAUCGGCGAAAAGCCAAUGAGGUUCCAACAAACGUGCCCAGCUACGCUUGA